AUGGCUGAUUCUCGGGCCCCAAUCUCCCACUCACACCGCGUCGCACUUCGUCGAUAUUACCAGACAACUACUCCAAAGCCUACCCAGUCUGAAUUGAGAGCGUGGUUUCAGUCUCGCUUCGGCUAUAAUAUUAGUCAGUCUAUUGUUAGUCGAAGCCUCAGCAACAGCUUCGCUUAUCCAGACGUCUCUAAUGCGUCAGACUCUGAAUUUCGAACACGAAAUUGCCAAUGGCCUUGGCUAGAGAUUUUACUCACAGAUUGGCUUCAAGAAGUGGAGGCUCUGUCCGGUAAAGUUACACACAAAGCCAUCGGACAAAAAGCCAAGGAGCUAUGGGAUCAGUCAGAAGAGUCACAGGGUUCGGUGACGCCAAAAUUUUCUCAUGGCUGGGUUGUCAAAUUCAGAUGGAGGUACGAGACGAGGCUCCAACAUUCCCUCAAACAGGAUCAUACAAUUCUGACAUCAGACCAUCCAUCGGACGGAAGUUCCUCUUCGCUGCCAUAUGGAAGCUCUGCGGGUAUACCCAACCAAUCUCUGAUCUCAUUUUCGCCCCAAAGAGAGGCAUCAACAAUCACCACUUUAGCAAAUAACACCAGCCUCGCUACCGAGAUAAAUAUAUCAGCGACACCUACAAUAUCAUCUGAUCAUUUUAUCCACCUUGUUCAACAUAAUUCCUAUCGGGCUUUAAUGUCUAACAAAGACCUGAUAUUUGCAUCAUCACUCAUUCUCAAGGCAUCACCUCUGACAGCACCUAUCAAACAGUUUGCUACUAAAAUUUGUGGUGGCCUAACAGUUGUCCAUCCUCUUGACGGCAUACUUAUGCCUGAUUCGCUUUAUCCAACCGAAUUGCAGAUGAACUGUGCCCACACGGGCGUUAUGAAUAUGUUCCCUUUUCCAAAAUUUCGGAAUAACCUCAUUGAGAAAGGUGUGAAUUUCGUGCCUGAAGAAAUGUGUCGGGACCUCUUUGGUGAUAUCUUUCCAGAUUAUGUUACACCAACACCAGAUGCUCAUGUUUGUACAUUACAAAUGCGUGAUGUUUUAGUACCACUGCCAUCAAUUGACGAAAACAAUUCUGGUAUCGAUGAUUCCGAAGAUCAGGAUGAUUACACAGCUGGACGUAAAUGUAUGAUCAAUUGGGGUGAUCCAUGGAAUGUAGAAAGUUGGGAAGUUACACCCGGCUUUGUGAAGAAAUGGCGCUGGGCACUAGAAGGAUGUGAUGAUUUGAUCCGAGUAAGCAAUAAAUGGCGUGCAUCUAGAAAUGAGAGGCUGAUAACGUGGAAUGCCAGUAUUGGAAACUCGACUUUUGAAGUCGUUUAG